AUGCCCCGUCCGGGCCAGGUUUUGGGACUAGUCGGUACAAACGGUAUCGGAAAGAGCACAGCGCUGAAGAUCUUGAGUGGCAAGCUCAAACCCAACUUGGGUCGGUAUGAUAACCCCCCUGACUGGGAGGAGAUUCUCAAAUACUUCCGUGGUUCGGAACUCCAGAACUACUUCACCAAGGUCUUGGAAGACAACCUCAAGGCUGUAGUCAAACCCCAGUAUGUCGACCAGAUCCCCAAGGCCAUCAAGUCCGCCGAACGCACCGUCGGCAAGCUCAUCCAAGCCCGCUCGCAGAUGGAGAACCUUGACGAAAUGAUUGAUGACCUUGAGUUGCGACACAUCUUUGACCGUGAUGUCGGACAACUUUCUGGUGGAGAGCUGCAGCGUUUCGCCAUCGCCCUCGUCUGCGUUCAGCAAGCCGAUGUAUACAUGUUCGACGAGCCGUCGUCUUUCUUGGAUGUCAAGCAGCGUCUUGCCGCUGCCCGAAAGAUUCGUAGUCUUCUCCGCCCCAACGACUACGUUAUCGUUGUCGAGCACGACUUGUCCGUCCUUGAUUAUCUCUCCGACUUCAUCUGCGUCCUUUACGGUAAGCCAGCUGUUUACGGUGUAGUCACCCUCCCGGCAUCAGUCCGUGAAGGUAUCAACAUCUUUUUGGAUGGAAACAUUCCCACUGAGAACUUGCGCUUCCGUGAAGAAUCGCUUCAGUUCCGCAUUGCCGAGGCCGGUGACGAAUACAUGGUUGACCACAACCGCGGCUACCAGUACCCUGCCAUGGAAAAGACUCUAGGAGGCUUCCACCUGAGCAUCGAAUCUGGCGCCUUCACCGACUCUGAGAUUAUUGUCAUGAUGGGUGAGAACGGCACUGGAAAGACUACUUUCUGUAAGAUGCUUGCCGGCGCUCUGCAGCCUGAUGGCGACACCAAGGUCCCCAAGAUGAGCAUCAGCAUGAAGCCGCAGACUAUCACACCCAAGUUUCAGGGAACGGUCCGUCAACUUUUCUUCAAGAAGAUCAAGGCAGCUUUCCUCAGCCCCCAGUUCCAAACCGACGUCUACAAGCCCCUCAAGAUGGACGACUUCAUUGACCAGGAAGUGCAAAACCUGUCUGGUGGCGAGUUGCAGCGUGUCGCCAUUGUCUUGGCCCUUGGUAUGCCAGCCGAAAUCUAUCUUAUCGACGAGCCAAGUGCCUACCUCGACUCCGAGCAGCGUAUUGUUGCAUCUCGUGUCAUCAAGCGCUUCAUCAUGCACUCCAAGAAGACUGCUUUCGUCGUCGAGCACGAUUUCAUCAUGGCCACCUACCUCGCUGACCGUGUCAUUGUCUUUGACGGCCAACCUGCUGUCAAUGCCCGCGCCAAUAAGCCCGAGUCCCUCCUUACUGGUUGCAACAGUUUCUUGAAGAACUUGGAUGUCACCUUCCGUCGUGACCCCAAUUCGUUCCGUCCUCGUAUCAACAAGGACAAGUCGCAACUUGACCAGGAACAGAAGUUGAGUGGUAACUACUUCUUCCUGGAAGAUGAUAGUUGAAGAGGUUUUCGACAAUCAGAACAUGCCUCUCUCCCAGCGCCGCCCACACGGGCACGUGAAGACCGGGGUGACGAAGAAGGGCAAUAAGAAGCGUGGAUUGAGGGCACGCGCCGUGAGUCUCUUGGAGGAUGACGAGAGCUCUGAAGAUGAAGACGAUCAGGACGAGUGGUAUUUGGCAGCGGUCUACCUCCUGCGCCGACCAGUUACUUUCCGCUUUGGUAGACAAGACAGGAAGUAACUGUCAGCCCGGGUCAAGCUAGGUGGCCGCUGUUGGGGUUGGAAGGAGCGAAAAUGCAGCACGUGUAUUGAUUGACAUGAGAUGCGGAGUUUGAGCAAGGAAGAUACUUGCUUCAAGCUGCUUGACUAAGGUAGCUAGAAAACACUUAACAAUGUGACAUGCAAUUUCUCCCAA